CAAAGGUUGACCAUCGUCAUGGCGUCCGUGGCGUGGGAAGGAUGGAUCUACAAGCAAGGCAGCCUGAUGCCGACGUGGAAGAAACGCUACAUGGUGCUCAAGGGCCGCCACAUUGCCUACUACGACAAGGAGGUGACCAACCCGCGGGCGAAGGAGAAGGGCACGUUCACGCUUGCCGCCGUCGAGCGCACGCCGGCCAUGGAACUGGGCUUGACGCUCGCUGGCUACGACGGCAAGAUCAUGCACAUCUACACCAAGACGGUCGGCGAAUUCGUGCUCUGCAACAACGCAAUGACCGCGGCGUGCGUCGAGCCCGAGCGCAAGGUCGCGCCGGCGCUGAGUCGCGCCGAGUCGUCGAGCAUGAGCUACCGCCACGAGCGCAGCCCGUCGAGCGCCAACCGCGCCGUGACGCACUCGGGCUGGCUCGAGAAAGAAGGCCAGAACGUCAAGAGCUGGAAGAAGCGCUUCUUCGUGCUGUCGGGCACCGACUUGACGUACUACGACCGGAUCGGUGGCUCGGAGAAGGGCGGUGGCCGCGUCGUCGACGUGAGCUACUCGUACGACCGCCGCAAUAGCCUCACGUUCACCUUGAACAACGACCGCAUCCUCAACGUCACGGCCGACUCCGAGAGCGAAAUGCAGACGUGGUACAAUGCAGCGUGCAACGUGCUCGGAAAGGCGGUGUCGAGCGGUCAGCCCAUCUUCAAGUUCCAGAGCCCGCAGCUGUCGACCGGCUAUGGCCGCACCUCGUCGUCGUCGUCGUAUGAUAACAACAACAACAGCAGCCACAACCUUCGCGCCGGCUCGCAAGGCUCGAGCUACUCGGGCCAAGGCUACAUGUUUCGAGAAGCGUCAUCGUCGUCGGCCGACAGCAACCAGUACGACCCAGAGAACUACCCGUCACCGCCGGCCACUUACAACCCCGACACGGCGGCCGAGCUGUGGCAAAAGCCGGCGGCAAAGCCAGUGUCCCCCGUCAAGCCGCCGACGUACCCGCCCAAGCCCGUGUCACCCGCCAAGCCACCGACGCACAACCAAGCCUACCCACCCAAGCCAACCCCGACGCACAACCAAGCCUACCCGCCCAAACCCGUGUCGCCGGCAUAUAUCCCGCGCCCUAUCGCAGAGCCCGAGGUCGUCGAGCCCGUUGUUGAAGUGAACCGGUCGUACAACCCCAGCGCUGUCGCGGACGUCUGGAACGUCACGGACCCCAAGCAAGUGGAUUCGUGGGUCGAGCAAGGCAAGGCGUCGGCGCCACCGGUGGCAGUACCCGCACCGAGUGCCAACCUGCAGUCGUUUUUGGACAAGUACAUGCCCGCCGACGACGCGCCGCCGCCCGUGAUCACACCGACAGUGACCAAGUCCAUCGACGUGGCCAAGCCUGCGGUCGAGCUACCGUCACCGGUGGCCAUCGAGUCUCCGGUGGCCUCGCUUUCGACCCAGCCGAUCGUGCCACCGGUCGUCUCGGCGCCUGUGAUCCACCCUGUGAUCCACCCUGUGAUCCAACCUGUAAUUCAGCCGGUCGUUCAGCCCGUCGUUCAGCCCAUGGUCCAGCCUGUGAUUCAGCCCGCGGUCCAGCCGGUUGUCGAAGUCACCCGCACGGUGGUCCAGCACGUGACGGUGAACCAACCGGUGGUGCAGAACGUGACGAUGGUGCAGCAUGUAUCGGCGCCGAUUACCGUCAACGUUGUGUCGCCGGUAGCAUCGUCGACCGUUGCAGCCGAGUCGUCGUCGUCGGACGAGGACUAUGAGCGCAUCGACCGUGUCUCGCCGAGCUCCACCGACAGCUACGAGUCGCCCGCUGACGACGAGGACACGACGGGUCAUGAUGUCACGCCGCUUGUCCACGUCGUGCCCAAGUCCGAGUACACACCCGAGGUGCACAAGCCCAAGCCGAGCCCGCUGUACGUGGAUACAGCGCCAGAGCAGCCGCUCUGGGCGCCGGCGAUUCCGCAGCCGUCACCGCACGACCCCGAGACGUCGUUGGACGACAUGCGCGACGACGCCAGUGACAAGAGCGACGAGGAAUUGGACGCCAUCUCCCACGUGACGCCGCUCGUCGAGGUCCUUCCCAAGAGUGAGUUCACGCCCGAGGUUCAUGCUCAUGUCGACCGCCCGCAAGUGGUGACCAAGGUCGAGCCGCGCUGGACACCGACCAUGCCCGCGCCGACACCGGUGGUCACCGUCGCGCUCAACAGUGUCGAGGUUGUGAACACCGACGAUCAUGAUGCCGUCGUCUCGGAGCACGUCGAAGGUCGGUGCGGCAUCGACUGCGAGCACCGUGUCAAGGCGAUGCCCAAGAGUGAAUGCACGCCCGAGGUCCAUGCUCCGACGGGUAACACCCACAUUUUGCCACCACCCAGGGCCAACUACCGCCACAACGAGAGCGAUUUGGACGACGGGCCGGCGCUCGCACCACUGCAGCUCGUGCCCGGUGAGCCCUCGAAACUCAAGCACGAACGCAAGACCAAGUCGGAUGACGCCGCGCCCAAGAGCUGCUGCAGUGUCAUGUAGUCAUCAUCGCAAGCCUCUAUAUAAUCAAACAACAAGAACGUCUAAGCAUCCAA